GCGGAGCGGCGGCCGCGGUCUCGGCGAGCGCGAGCAGCAGCGCCCCGCGACCCAGCCCGCCAGCCUGGAUCCCGGCCGGACGACGGCCCCGCGAGCCCCGGCAUCGCUUGCUUCUCCUGCCGCCGGCCAGCAGCCCCCAGCCCCACCGCGGUUGUUGCAGCUUCCCGGCGAGGGAGCCGAUCCCCUGCGCCGCGCCCCGGCCCCGCCGCGCCGGCAUGUCCUCGACGGAGAGCUCGGGUCGCACCGCGGACAAGUCGCCGCGCCAGCAGGCGGAUCGCCUGCUCUUGGGGCUGCGAUGGCACAGGCUGGAGGAGCCACUGGGCUUCAUCAAAGUUCUCCAGUGGCUCUUUGCUAUUUUCGCCUUCGGGUCCUGCGGCUCCUACAGCGGGGAGACAGGAGCAACAGUUCGCUGCAACAACGAAGCCAAGGACGUGAGCGCCAUCAUUGUUUCGUUCGGCUAUCCCUUCAGGUUGAACCGGGUCCAGUAUGAGAUGCCCCUCUGCGACGAAGAGUCCACCUCCAAGACCAUGCACCUCAUGGGGGACUUCUCUGCCCCUGCCGAGUUCUUUGUGACCCUGGCCAUCUUUUCCUUCUUCUACACAAUGGCUGCGCUAGUUGUCUACCUGCGUUUCCACAAGCUCUACACGGAGAACCGGCGCUUCCCGCUGGUGGACUUCUGUGUGACGGUCUCCUUCACCUUCUUCUGGCUGGUAGCUGCAGCUGCCUGGGGCAAGGGCCUGACCGAUGUCAAAGGAGCCACGCGGCCAUCCAGCCUAACCGCAGCCAUGUCCGUGUGCCAUGGAGAGGAAGCAGUGUGCAGUGCUGGGGCCACGCCCUCCAUGGGUCUGGCCAACAUCUCUGUGCUCUUCGGCUUUAUCAACUUCUUCCUGUGGGCCGGGAACUGUUGGUUUGUGUUCAAGGAGACGCCGUGGCAUGGAAAGGGCCAGGACCAGGGCCAGGGUCCCAGCCAAGAGAGUGCAGCUGAGCAGGGAGCGGUGGAGAAGCAGUAAGCAGUCCCCACCUGGCCACUCCCGAACAGGACAGCACCUCUUCAACCACCUCCGGCUUCCAAGACCUCCCUCUUCCUCCUACUCCAACUCCCCUCCCCCAUCACUUUGGACUUUGAGCUUUCAGACGACAGAUGGGCAGGCGUCAGCUGUCAGAAACUGGGACAGCCCUCCCAGUGGCUUCUUAUCCCUCCUCUUGCUGGAUCCCUGGAUGGCAGGAGCUCCGUCCUUCUGGUCUACCGCCUGGACUCAAGCAUCUUACCUGGGGUCUUACUUGUACCCUCAGUCUCUGAGAAACAUCCUCUGUUGCAGCUGAGGGUUGGGGGCAGAAGACCUCUAUAUCAACCU